AUGCCCUUACUUGACGCCCACUCAGGUCCCUCAUAUGGCACACUCGAUCAAAUGGAGAGGCGCGAUCAGCAUGAAGGAGAGCAACUCCUUCCCGCGGGAUAUGAAAGCGACGACCACGGUAGUGAGAUAACAUCGGAUGACUCGAUGCAAGAAGGGGUUCGGAAGAUUGAAGCUAUCAACUUGACCUGGACAACAAAGUCUUUGGUUGUGGCUUAUGUCAGUAUCUUCCUUAUGGCGUUUUGUACUUCUUUAGAGGGCCAGACCACCAUGUCCCUCUCUGCUUAUGCCACCAGCGCAUUUAGCAAGCACUCAUUGAUUUCAACUGUUCUUGUUGUCCAGAAUGUCGUCAAUGCUGUGAUCAAGCCUCCCAUGGCUAAGAUAGCUGAUGUCUUCGGUCGCUUCGAAGCGUUCUGUAUAUUCUAUUCCGCCGGUUCGACGGGUUUGCAGAUCCUCCAACAAGUGUUCAUUGCGGACAGCAGUAGCCUUCUCAACAGGGCAUUUCUUGCACUCUUGCCAGAGUUUCCAUUUUUGGUUACAGUUUGGAUUGGACCAGCAAUAGCUGAUGCAGUGAUACACCACUCGUCAUGGCGUUGGGGUUACGGGAUGUGGUCAAUCAUUUUGCCUGCUUCAUUUCUCCCUUUAGCGCUGACAUUAUUGUUGAACCAACGCAAGGCUAAAAGACUAAACCUCAUUAAACAAAAACACAUUCCUCGGGGUGGCUUCAUUGCUGUCGUCCGCCGCACCUGGUACGAUCUGGACAUGUUUGGUUUGAUACUUCUUUCGGCGGCAGUUACAUUGAUUUUGGUGCCUCUCACUCUUGCCGCCAAUGCUAAAGACGGCUGGAAGAACGACAGUAUCCUCGCAAUGAUUACGGUUGGUAUAGUUUGUUUACUGGCGUUGCCACUGUGGGAGACUUCGAAAAGAUUUGCCCCUAAACCACUUCUCUCCCUACAUCUUCUUAGACAACGCACAGCACUCGCUGGCUGUGCUUUAGCUUUUUGGUACUUCAUGGCAUUCUAUUUUUCGGUUCAACCGUAUCUUUACUCUUAUCUUCAAGUGGUCCAAGGAUAUGAUGUCGCUACGGCUGGCCGUGUGACGCAGACUUUUGCGUUUACGUCGACCAUUGCUGCUUUCUCAGUGUCCUUAUUGAUCAAAUACACACGACGCUAUCGAAUUUAUGUGACCAUCGGAAGCGGGAUUUACAUGAUUGGUCUUCUUUUGAUGAUGCUUUACCGCAAAGAAGGCAGCUCAUCAACACUGAUUCUUGGGACACAGGUUGUGGUGGGUAUGGGAGGCGGUCUCCUCAACGUGCCUGUCCAGCUGGGAGUUCAGGCAUCUGCUAGCCAUCAGGAGGUUGCGGCUGCUACGGCAAUGUUUUUGACAUCUAUGGAGAUGGGUGGUGCAGUUGGCGCUGCGAUCUCGGGGGCCGUCUGGACGCACAACAUUCCGCGGAAGUUGCGGCGUUACCUCCCUGAUGAGAAUAAGGGGGAUGCUAAGGAGAUAUUUGGGAGAUUGGACAAGGCCCUAUCUUUCCCUAUAGGAUCCCCGGCUAGAAUUGCCAUUAAUCGGUCUUAUCAAGAGACCAUGAAUAAGCUGUUGGUGUUGGCGCUGAUCGCGACGAUACCGUUAAUCCCCUUGAGUCUUUCGAUGAAGAAUUAUAGGCUGGACAAAGUCAACUCCGAACCAGUGGACGGGCCUAACGGGGGCCAUCUAGUUCCAGACAAUGGACAAGGCCUAUUGGAAGACGAAUCCGAAUCAGAAGGACACUCGAAACAACCGUGA